AUGGCUGGGCUGCUGCCAACCGAGCUGAAAAGAGCUAUGGAAGCUUGGGGAUCGACAUUCCUGGCGUGCGCUUCGAAGGCCCGCCAGUCCUUCGUGGCAGAGUCGGGGCUCCAGGACCGUCCUCUAGAGUUUGCCAGUGGCCGCCUGCGCGUGGGGUCUGACUGCUCCGGAGUCGACGCUCCCAUCUGGGGCUUGCGACAGAUGAAGAUGGCACACUGCCAUGUGUGGAGCUGCGACAUAGAGGAGUACUCGCGCCGCUGGAUCAAGGCUUCCAACCAGCCUCGCCAGAUGUUCGAGGACAUGCUGAAGCGCAAGCACGCAGAUUUGUUGCCCUGCAACAUCUACUACUGCGGCUUCCCAUGCAAGCCAUAUUCUGUCCUGCACAACAACUCGAAGUUUUUCAGGGACAAGAACGCGAAGCCCUUCCAGGCGCUGCUUGAUACGAUGGCUGCCAAGCAACCCGCCAUCGGCAUUUUUGAAAACGUGAAGGGCCUGCGCAGAUGCUUUGACCAGGUGAAAGGGCGAAUGCUCAAGGCGCGGGACAUGUUGCUUCGUGAGGAUGCAGGGUGGAUGGUCCAAAUGGUGACAAAGGUGCUGGGCGCCCUGGAGACCCAGGAUCGCCAGAAGUUGGAGAAAUGGUUGCUGCCCGCCGACCAUGCUCUCGUGCGACAGCACCAAGAGAACCUGCGAAUGCGGGAUGAGAGGCGUCGCAACAAUGUCGUGGACCCAUUGCCAAGCAAGGUCGGGCCGAAGUUCGCCUCUUUGAGCCUCACGAAGAAGCAGCAAGAAAGGCUGCAGGCAGUGCUUCGAGGCAAAGCCAACGGUCACUCGGACUUUGCGACCGACGUGAGCCAGUCGGAAGACCGAGCCCCGACUGGGUUCGAACUUUGUCCUUGCAUUUGCCCUGGCUCAGUCAUCGUUCUUUCUCGCCCCGGGCGACUUUUGACUCCGGAAGAGAAGCUUCUCAUGCACGGCGUGCCGCUGCUGCCGGUUCAGGACAUGGCGAAUUUCUCGCAAGCUCAGAUCGCCUCGCUGGGCGGCAACACUAUGCACACCGCCGCCGUGGCCACUGCCACCCUUUGCGCGUUGGCCCUGGUGAAGGUGGCUGCGCUGGAUUCGACGGGAGCAGCUUGUGAGAUGCCCGCCGUGCGAAUCCGACAGCGUUGGAUCUACGGCAAUGGCCCUUUGGCCCACAAGGGCGCGAAGAGUGCCAAGCAGACGCCUCGGAAACGAGCCAUGAAAACAAGCGCGAAGCGAGCCAUGAAGGAAAAGCAGAAGCGAGCCAAGAUCGUCGAGCCCCGGCGAGCCAUGAAGGCCAAUGCCAACCUCAAGCGAGGGUGA